UUCGUCUUCUUCAUUCCAGUUCGUCACUUCCAGCUCAAAACCUUCUCCUCUCCGGCUCACAGCUCGUCAAUGAUGGUUUUAAAAAUUAGGGGUUUUACGAAAUAAGUUUCUUAGGGUUUGUUUGUUUGCAUUAUGAUUAUAUUUAGUUGGGCUUAAACCAUUCAAAACCCAAACCGAUCAGUUCAGUAAAGAUCCGAACCGAUAUUACAAAUCCAUAUCCAGUAUCUGAUCCAUACCAUCUAACUAUGAACCUUAGUAUUCACUACCGAUUCAUUUACCAACUCGGAGGUAUCCGUUUUAAUCUUCUGCAAUGGCCGACGAAGCGAACAGAGCUGCUUUUCGAGAGAUUCAAGGUCGCAUGAUUGAGAUCACUGGAAAACUGAAGCAGGUACAGAAUCAGAUGCGAAACAAGGAGGGAGAAAAAAAGCGUGCUUUUCUAACCUUGGAGGAGCUGCGACAAUUGUCUGAUGAUACAAAUACCUACAAAUCUAUAGGGAGAACGUUUGUGUUAGAACCCAAGUCAGUUUUAAUGAAUGAACAGGAACAAAAGCUGAAGGAUAGCGAAACUGCAAUUGCCUCAUUACAGACAUCAAAGGAAUAUUUAGAAAAGCAGAUGGUGGAGGUGGAGAACAACCUUAAGGAGCUCUUGGAGCAAGAUCCGGGUCUUGCUCGGCAGAUAAUGUCCAUGACUGUAAUGUAAAUCAUACAUUUCUGAGAAUUUUCUUCUGUGCGCUUUAUUUUCCUUUUGGAAAGGGAAAAAACGUGAUAAUGAUAGUUUGCAAUGUUUGUUGAGAAAAGUCUGGUAUUCAAAUCUGGUGAGAUGUUAUGAAUUAUGAAGCUACUCUUGCAAGACCUUGUUUUUUAUGGCUAUCUUCUUAUCCUCCCACAAGUCUUUAUUGAAUCGUCAAAUAGAUUUCAAGUGAUAUGGUGUAUAUGGAAACCUCUUCCUUUCAAGGGAAUUGGAGAUGAUUCAUUUUA